CUUUCAUCGUCAAGCUCCACAACCCUCACUGUUGACCACCCUGUUGACCACCCUCACAUUUCACUCUUUGAAGCAUUAGCCAUGCGGUUUUCAGCAUUGAGCACAUUGGUGCUCGCCGCCAGAAGCGCCUAUGGCUAUGUUGACUCCCAGCCCUUCUUCAUGUUCUCCACCUCCGAACUCCUCACAUCAUCCUCAGCACUCCAGUCCGCGUCGUCAGUCACAUCCGACAUUGGUCUCUCCCUCUCCAGGUGCCCUUCAGACUAUUACAUCCUGAUCGAGCAACAUGGCGUCAGUGGUCGAGAUUACCAGUCCACCAAGAACAUUCCAUUCUUAGCCCAAAGGCUGGCCCAUAACCCCAAUGGAGGUGUCAGGAGCAGCAUCACCAUCCCAGAUGUCAUAGGCAAAAUCCAUGUCGAAACAUGGAUCGAGCUCCUCCAGUCAACCUGCGGGGUCAAGACAAUCCAGAUUGAUGCAUCCAAAGGAGAGAUUCCCACAAACAUCGGACCUGACCCAACCCUCAUCAGAGUCAAGCUCAGUGGUGGAUCUUCAAAGAAGAGCAGCGAUAGUCUAGUCAAAAACGAUGCAUUCUUUGCUUCUAUCUUUGACGUGCUUCCCACCGAAAGCUACACAGUUCUUUACACCACAACCCCAUCAUGCAAGAAGUCGACCCAGGCAGCGUCACAUCUGGAGAGCACCUCGUACGAAAUGGACUCGACCUUACAGGAGGCAAUCCACUUGGACUUGAAGCGGGACCUAGGCGACCUGGUCUCCGACGCUAGCAAAGCCGAGAACCAGACCCUGAUUGAUGGACCGUUGUUUGACAGAUAUCAAUUCUUCACUCCAGGCAUCUUCAUGGGUCUUCUUGCCGGCUUUUUCCUCCUCUCCAUUCUGUACGUGGCCAUCUCGGCCAUCUCCUCCCUCCAAGUUACAUAUGCUGCCUUUGACAAGGAGACUGGUGCUUUGGCGGGAAAGAAAACUCAAUAGAAUGCAUACGCAGAGCAAUUUGUGUAUCUUUAUGACCUGUGUUCAACAGUUCCAUUUUCGAGACGGCUGUUUUUGAUGGCAAGGAGGAGAGGUUUCAUGCUUCGAUAUAUUGCCAUGGUAGAGGUAAUUGGAGUUCAACUAUGCAAGGCUCUAUAUGUUGCUUGCAAUCCCUAUGUCAGACAGAUCGAUAGGCUAGAAGCGGCGUAAUGAAAGAAUGGCAGGACUGAUCUUGUGUCGACAUGGAAUAACGAAAGAACGAAAAGAGAAGAUGGGACAGCUCGGUCCGUGAUAACCUCCUUGUAAAGCCUUGUCGCUUCAAGCGAAUAGUCCAGAAAGCACAUGAGCAUGUCCAACUGGCCCCUUUUGCUUAUAGAGUG